GAGCUCAGUUCUGUUUGAGUUUAAGCGUUAAUCGUUUGUGUGUGGUGUUGGAGCAGAAUUAAUCUUUCUAAAGAGGCUUGCUGGCAUUAUGGGUAAUAUGCAUGCCCGAUCUUUUGAGAAGAGCAAUGUGCCGAAUCGGAGGAGCAGCAUCCUGUGGAACUUUCGUUAUUCGAGCACAGUGCGUCGUCGCGAAGACUUGGCAGUGAUGGUUCACAACUCUAGGAUGAGCAUAGCCGACUGGUUGGAUCUUUUAGAACUGCAACAGUACGAAGGAAACCUUCAGGAGUUCAGCAUCGUGGAUGACGUGGUGGAUAUUACUGAACUGGAAUUGAAGAAAUGUGGUGUCCGCGGCGCCCAUCGCCAGAGGAUGGUGAAUAGUCUGCUGGGAGUCCGUGCCAAGCGACGCCAAUCCAUGAAUUUGGAAGCACUCAGCAGCGCUCCACGCGAAGCUCCACGGCGGAAGAACUCUUGUCCGUUGGUUUAUCUGGGUGAUAUGGCGGGAAAUGGCGAUAGCGGGCCCAAAAUGAUUACCACCAAAAGCGGAAAGGUUCUUAAGCAGCUCACCUUCGACGAAACUUCCACAAUCUACGAGGAACUGAGGCCGCGCUCCAAGUGCAGCAGUCCCCGUUGGGCCACCGAAGACGCCACCAUGGAGAGCUACGGGGGCAGCAACGCCUCCACCCCGCUCGCCGCCGCCCAGCCCAAUCCCAGCGAGCAUCAGGAGGCCAUCGCCCUGAAGAAGGCGCUCGAGUGGGAGCUGAGCCUGGACGCCCGCGAGCUGCGCUCCCACGCCUGGUACCAUGGAGCCCUGCCCCGCCAGCGGGCCGAGGACAUCGUGCAGCGCGAGGGCGACUUCCUGGUCCGCGACUGCGCCUCCCAGCCGGACAACUACGUCCUCAGCUGCCGGAGCAAGGCAGCAGUCCUGCACUUUGUGCUCAAUAAGUUGGUGCUUCAGCCGGAAACAGUUUACGAACGCGUCCAGUUCCAGUUCGAGGAGGACGCCUUCGACACCGUGCCCGACCUGAUAACCUUUUACGUCGGCUCCGGCAAGCCAAUCUCCUCGGCGUCGGGAGCGCUCAUCCAGUAUCCCUGCAACCGCACGUAUCCGCUCUCCUUCUACGGCCACAAGAUCGUGGGCAACCAGCUCCACACUCAGAUGCUGGCCGGUCUGCGGGGCCUGAGUCCCCUCAGCUCGCCGAUGGGCACGAACGGGGGCGUGGCGGCCGCGGGGGGCGGGGGCGUGGCCUUCCGAUUCGAUGCCCAGCAGCAGGAGCUGUCCCCACUGGCGAGCUCUCCGGCCAGUCCCCACUGCUCGCCUCCGCGGGCCCGCAGGGAGGUGCCUCCGCCGCCUCGGCUGCCCUGCAAGAAGCAGCAGCGCUCCCAGAGCCUCACGCCGGCGCAGGCGGUGUUGGUGAGCAACAUGAACAAGCUGCAGGAGCUGCAGAUGCAGGAGCCGGAGGCAGGGAUGGUCCGCUUCCAGACGAUUGCCCGGUGCAACCCCACCAGCGAGCACCACCUGGAGAGCAAGUUCACUUCCCACUCGCUGCCCAGACCCAACACCUCCGCGGCCCAGGCGCUGCGCCAGCAGGCGGUGGCUCGGAUCUCGAGCCUGGCGAGGAACUGCAGCUUGGACUCGCCGGCGGACUCGCGUCCUCCCAGUCCUCCGCCCAAGCCGCGCAAGGAACCCAUGGCGGCGGUGCUGGCUUACCAGGCCAGUGGGUCCGACUCGGGCAACGGCUCCGGGGACUCGGCCCUCGGGGAUGUCUGCGACGUCAGCGUCCAGCGGGGUGUGAUAAUCAAAAACCCACGCUUCAUGACCACUUCGGUGUCAAACGGAACGCUGAAGAGUUUCACCGAGUUCGACGCUCUGGCCGCCGAGGAAGAGCUCUUCACCAUGGCCAUCGAGGAAGUUAGGACGGCCAGCAAGUUCGACUUUGAGAACUUUAGUACCCUGCUGCUGCCAACUGUGGAGAACAAGCCACUGGACGGCGAUGCACUCAACACCUUCAAGAUGAUGCUGCUGGAAACGGGACCGAAGCUGCUGGCGGAGCACAUUACUCGCAUCGACAUUGCCCUGUUUCUGGACGAGCCGGCAAACGAGGAGGACUACUACCUAAGCUGCUCAGGCCUUGAGCUGCUGACCCUGCCCCACGGCAAACUCUUCCGCGAGGACAUCAUCGAGCGAACGCAGUGCAUCAAGCUCAUGGUGGCCGUAACCAUACUCACCUGUCAGACGGAUCUCGACCGGGCCCAGCUGCUCAGCAAAUGGAUCCAGAUCGCCGUGGAGACCAAGACUGCCCUGGGAAACCUGUUUGGGUUCUGUGCCAUCAUGUUGGGCCUGUGCAUGCAACAGAUUCAGAAGCUUGACCAGGCCUGGCACAUCCUGAGGCAGCAGUACACGGACAGCGCCUUCACAUUCGAAGCCAAGCUGCGUCCCACGUUGAGCAUCAUGAACGAGGCCUCCAAUCCGCAGGCCCCGAACACAACCGUACCCCACGUCCUUCUGUAUGCCCUAUUGAUCGAUCGGCCCGUCAUGGACAUCCUAAACCACUCAAACAUAGACGAUCGCCCGGCCCUGUACCACACCUGCAUUGCUCCUUGGGAGUCCAAGGCGGACGACUUUGGCAUGACCAUUAAUUUCCUGCACCUGGACGCCUCCCGCGGCUUCCUGAAAAACUUGGACUUGUACCGAAAGAACGCCAAGAUCAUUCUUGAGGACGCCAAGCCCCGACUAGAUGAGCUGUUGGCGGAUGCUUUUCGAACCGAGUUCCAUGUGAAGUUCCUAUGGGGCAGUUCCGGAGCCUCUGCGAAAGCCGAGGACCGUCACGGCAAGCUGGAAAAGGUGCUAACCCUGAUGGCUGACAAGUUCUGCAUGAUGGCCGAACAGUAGUCUGAGAAGUUAUUUAGCCUGUAGUUUCUGGCUCAUCAGAAAACCGUACUGUAAUUAAAUCACAACAUUGGUGGUGAUUUAGUUAAUGAUCAUCACUCAAAGUCUCGAACGCUAAAUUCCACAACACUAUGUUUUUAGUUUUUAUACAAUUAUUUAACGAGAUGCUAAAUAUACAUUGCUUUAUAGGAAGUUUUACUUGUAUGGUAUUUGGUUGAAAAGGUGUUUCGGCCCUGAUGUAAACAGCGAGCAAAAACCAAUAAAAAUAGUAUAUUAAGUACGCAGCACACCAGAACUUUCCCAAAUGUCUCCGAUUAAUAAACCCUCCGUAAACUUGAAUUUCAUACUGUCUCUACCUCAGCCUGAGUAUAUACAUAUAAUUUCAGCAGAAACUAAAAAGCUCUUUAUGUUACAGUUCAAAUAUCUAUUAAACCUUAGUUAAGUGAUCUUGGGAAGCGUAUGCAUAUACAAAAUGAUUUAGAAGUAAGUCUUAAGUGGGCCCUUUGUUUAUUAUAUAUUUAUGGAUUUCUCUUAAAGAGUAAUUCCGCCCAGACAUACUACCAAAGUUUUGUACUCUCUACCUAUUCCACAAAAUAUUGUACUAAAUAAACAUUCACUAUAGAUCAGACAAUAUACAUUAAUCAAAACAUCAUACAUAAAUAUAACACGUAGCAUAACAAAAAGAAUGCAUAAUUUUUGCAAUUUUAUAACUGUAAGGAUUAAGCAAAUAAAGAAAAUACUAAAAUAUUAGCAAAAA